AUGCCCUCCAUCCCUCCGGGCGGCCUCAUCCUCGUAACCGGCGCAAGCGGCUACCUAGCUAGCGUCACGAUUGCCCUCCUCUUACAGCGUGGCUACUCCGUGCGUGGUACCGUUCGCUGUCUCGCAUCUCAUACUUGGAUGAGCAGCCAUUUCGGUUCCCGAUUUGAACUUGUCGAGGUACCCGACAUCUACGCUCUGGAUGCAUUCACGACUGAAGGAUUGCUAGACGGUGUGCAGGGGAUUGCACAUAUGGCUAUGGACACGUCUAUGAAUCCGGGGAAUCAUGCCAUCAUUCAGGAUACCGUAAACUCGACGCUUAGGUUAUUGGAAGCUGCCGCAAGAACAUCAAGUGUGAAAAGUGUAGUCAUAACUUCCUCCCUCGCUGCAUGCGCUCUUCCCACGACAGGAGAKCCAUACACCAUCAACCCAGAAACCUGGAACACGGACGCAAUUACCAAAACCCGCAACCCCCUUCCAACCAUCCAGAAUAUGAGUCAAACCUCAGCCCGCUGGCACGGCAUAACCCUCUAUGCCGCCUCCAAAGCCCUCUCGGAGCAAGCCUCCUUCACCUGGGUUGGUCAACACAACCCGUCUUUCCGCCUCAACACUGUCGUGCCUAACGUAAACUUCGGCAUUGCAAUUUCGCCUACCAAUAUGGGCUAUCGCAGUACCGCCGCAGUGCUCGAUGCAGUCGUAAAAGGUUAUCCAGCUGCGCCAUCGAUCCUGCCUUCGCAGUGGUUCGUUGAUGUCGAGGAUACUGCUCUUUUACACAUCGCAGCGUUGACAUUGCCCGAAGUGCAAGGUGAGCGGUUACUUGCGUUUGCGGGACGGUAUAGCUGGACGCGAAUCCUACAGAUUCUGCAUCGGCGAUAUCCUGACAGAAUCAUGUUGAAGGCUUUGCCGUUAGAAGACGGGAAGAAGGAGGUGGUUGAUAAGGGUAAGGUGGAUCAUCAGAGGAGUAUUGAGGUGUUGAAGAUGAUGGGUAAAGCAGAAGGGUUUACGUCGUUGGAGGAUACAUUAGCCAAGGCUAUGCAGACGAUAUUUGAGAAUCAAGACAAAAAUGUGCCCAAGACAAGGAUUGAUCUUUAUUACGACUCUUUGGCGCAGACAGCUAGUUGA